AUGAAUUUUGGCAAUAAAAAUGAAACAAAUUCCGGCAAACGAAAGCGGAUUAAAUUAGAGUGCUUGGAAUGUGGCAAAACAUUUGACAAUGAUUAUAAGCAAAAACAUGAAAAAAAUAUACAUAAUGGUAAAAAAGUCGGUACCAAACAUUUUGGUGCUCCUAAAAAUCCAUUCGAAGCUUCUAAACCAAAUUCAAAACAAGUAAGUAAAAAUCCUUAA